AUGAGCCCAACGACACGCAAAAGGUAUGCCCUCGUUGGCACCGGUGGCCGCGCGGGCUUCUUUUAUACGGCUAUCGCGCAAGACUUCAAAGAUACCGCAGAAUUGGUGGCCUUCUGCGACACAAAUCAAACGAGGAUGGAAUAUGCCAACUCUAAGUUGAGGGCGCUGGGACAUCGAGCGGUUCCAACAUACAAGGCUGUCGAUUUCGAUCGGAUGAUCAAAGAAACCACCCCAAACGAUGUCAUUGUGACCACCAUCGACCGAACACACAACAUCUACAUUGUCCGGGCAAUGGAACUUGGCUGCAAUGUUGUGACCGAGAAGCCAAUGACCAUCGACAUUCCCAGAUGCAAGGAAAUCUUCAGCGCCAUUGACCGAACCGGAAGCAAUCUCCGGGUCACCUUCAACUACCGUUAUGCUCCCCAUAACACGAAGGUGUUUGAGCUGCUGUCUUCCGGGGCCAUCGGCAAAGUAAACUCAGUAUCGUUCCAGUGGGAUCUCAACACCUCCCACGGAGCAGAUUACUUUCGACGCUGGCACCGGGACAAGCGCAACAGCGGAGGUCUGUUAGUCCACAAAUCAACCCACCAUUUUGAUUUGGUCAACUUCUGGCUUCAGAGUCGGCCCGAAACUGUUGUUGCCAUGGGCGACCUGAGCUUCUAUGGUCGUGAGAACGCCGAGAAGCGAGGAGUAACCAAUUUCUAUGCCCGCGCUCACGGAAGUGAAAACGCAAAAGACGAUCCAUUCGCGCUGCAUCUGGAAGAGAAUCCGCAGCUGAAAGCGAUGUACCUUGAUGCCGAGGAGGAGGACGGCUAUCAUCGGGAUCAAAGUGUCUUUGGUGAUGGAAUCAGCAUUGAGGACACGAUGGGCGUCAUGGUUCGAUAUCGGUCCGGAGCGAUCCUCACAUAUUCACUGACGGCAUAUUCACCUGUGGAGGGUUUCAGGGUUUGUUUCAUUGGAACCAAAGGGCGCCUGGAACUGGAUGUGGUUGAAAGGGCAUAUAUCAACUCGGGUGGUGAACAAAGCCAAGAGGGUGCGCUCGAACAUCGAUCCAUCCUCUUGCGGCCCAUGUUCGGUAAGCCGAUGGAGGUUGAGAUCCCUUCAGGCGUAGGCGGCCAUGGAGGAGGAGAUCCUCAACUGCUCAACGACAUCUUUGGAACACCAAAGCCCGACGCGUUCAAUCGCGCAGCAUCCCAUAUUGAUGGUGCCCUGUCCAUCCUGACCGGGAUAGCUGCCAACCAGUCCAUGAAAACUGGCCAGAGUGUGAGAGUUGAUGAUCUUAUCAGCAUCCCUUGA